AUGAGUUCGAAAAUACAAAUAAUUCUACAACGUGCUAAAGAGAUUAAUUGUACUAUUGGAAAUGGCAAAAUAGGCUCCCCGGAAAAACCUCUCAGCGACCUCGGUCUCAUCUCCUACCGCUCCUACUGGAAGGACGUCCUACUCAGCUACCUCUGCUCGAGAGCUGGCACUCAGCUCUCGGUAAAAGACAUCAGCCAGGAGAUGGCGAUACAUUCCUACGAUAUAGUGUCCACUUUGCAAGCGCUGGGCAUGAUGAAGUACUGGAAGGGCAAGCACAUCAUCUUGAAGAAGCAGGAUGUGUUGGAUGAGUAUGUGGAGAGGGUGAAAAAAAGGGGGAUGGCGAUACACCCAUACGACAAUGAGAUAGUGUCCACUUUGCAAGCGCUGGACAUGAUGAAGUACUGGAAGGGCAAGCACAUCAUCUUGAAGAAGCAUGAUGUAUUGGAUGAAUAUGUGGAGAGUUUGUAG